AUGGCGGCUCCCGCCCGCUCUGCGGCUAUCCAGAUUGUCCGGCCAACUGAGUCACACAAGUCGGAGCAGCCAGAGAAGGUAAAGAAGGGUACGUAUGGCCGCACCACACAUGUGGGUCCCCUAUGCGACCCAACGCCUGUGUCGGAACGUCUUAAUCUACGGAUCUUGCCGUUUCCAGGACCAGGGACCUGGUACGGACCCCUCGGCGCCCCCACCCAUCUCGACACAGGCUCCCUCUACUCCGAAUGCCAAAUCUACGUCGUCUCCUGCUCCCGUCACUCCGAAGACUCAGCUCAAGUGAAUUUCCCAUUUCUGAGCACGUUCGCUGAUCCCAGUCCCGCCGCCGGUGUGUUCACGACACCGACGCAGACACCCGAGCCGAAGACUCUGAGUGUUGCCAAUCUGUCCGCACCUGUAUUUGUGCCGAAGUCUUCUGUCGACUCUCCGAGUGCCAGCUCGACUCCCGCUCCCCAGGAGUGGGCCAAUGCUGCUCCAUUUACCCCUCCCGUCUCUGCUGCUCCUGCUGCUGAUGCUCAACCCUACGCGCAACAGCUGCGACCUCCGGCUUCGCAACCUGGCCUCGUGCCGCCGCCUAUGGGCUUCGACGAGAGCGGCGGCAUGGGCUUUGACCACGCGGACGGAGUGUUCCUCGGAACCGCUGCUCCUCCGCAACGCCGUGUCGCUCGACACGAAGCUACCUACGCCAACCCCGGUGUAUCUGCUGGUCUUCCAGCAGAGGUGCACGUGUACCACAACCUUGUUCCGCUCGGCAACCCUAAUCCGCCUGUCAGCCGUGUGUUCCACCAUCCUGCUCCGGUGUAUCGGGCGAAUUCGACGGUCGACGGACACGCGUACUGCCUGCGCCGCAUUGAAGGGUACAAGCUCUCGAACGAGGCUGCCUUCCAGGCCGUUGAGACUUGGAGGCAGAUCCGACAUGCCAACAUCGUCGGGCUCCGCGAGGCUUUCACCACAAAGGCAUUCAAUGACAACUCGCUUGUCAUGGUUUACGAGUUCCAUCCUGACUCGACGACUGUUGCCGACGAGUGGCUGAACCCUGACGCGAUCAACCGGCGCAGACAGACCGGCCAGCCGAUCCCCGAGCGCAUCAUCUGGAGUUACGUGAUCCAGAUUGCGAACGCUCUGAAGGCUGUCCACACUGCCGGACUGGCCGUGCGGUGCCUUGACGCGACCAAGAUUCUUAUCACGGGCAAGAACCGCAUUCGAGUGAACGGCGUCGGUAUUCUCGAUGUUCUGGCCUUCGACAAUCAGACGCCGAUGCCGCUGUUCCAGCAGGAGGAUCUUCUGAACUUCGGUCAAUUGAUCCUCGCGCUGUGCUCGGACUAUGUGCAGCCAGGGCAACACAUCGCAUCCUCGCUCGAGAUCAUCGGACGCACCUACAGCCCGGACCUGAAGAACCUCGUUGCCUACCUUCUCGGCAAGCCGACAGCUCUGAAGACGAUCGACGAGGUACUGCGCCUCGCUGGUCCUCGCAUUCUGAACGAGCUCGAUGCGCUGCAGAGCUACAACGAUGUGCUCGAGUCGGACCUCGGCGCCGAGAUUGAGAACGGUCGCAUCGCGCGCAUGCUCAUCAAGCUCGGCUUCAUCAACGAGCGGCCCGAGUUUGACAUGGACCCGCAGUGGUCUGAGUCGGGUGACCGCUAUGUCCUCAAGCUGUUCAGAGAUUAUGUCUUCCACCAGGUCGGCCCGGACCGCAAGCCCGUCCUCGACCUGAGCCACGUUCUAACCACACUCAACAAGCUCGAUGCCGGCGCCCGCUCCCGCGAGAAGGUCAUGCUGGUGUCGCGCGACUCCCAGUCUUGUCUCGUCGUAGAGUACCGUGACAUCUACAAGUGUAUCGAGUCUGCGUACAAGUGA